AGGAUGUUGCGGAAGGACAAGGAGGAGGCGGAAGCUAUUAAAAACGCCAAAGCCCUGGAAGAGGAAAAGGCGAUGUACUCGGGCUGUCGCUCUCGCCGCCAGAGGAGGGAGUUCAGGGAGAAACGCUUGAAAGGGAGGAAGAUCAGCCCGCCCAGCUACGCACGGAGAGACAGCCCCACCUACGAUCCCUACAAACGCUCCCCCUCAGAGUCCACCUCCGAAUCCCGCUCCCGUUCCCGUACCCCAUCUCCUGGCCACGAGGAGAAGAUCACCUUCAUCACCAGUUUCGGCGGCAGCGAUGAAGAAGCGGCGGCG